AUGGCCGAGGGACACCACCCACACCUUCCGCACCUCCAUAGCGGCGGUGCGGCCGACGACAUCGACGAGGUUGACAAUAUUGGUGCCACCAGUGGCACUGGCGGGCGCAACCCCCACGCGUCUGCCAACCGCUGGCGCCACCAGGAGUCGCCGGCCUUCGCUCGUCACGCCGCGGCAUCGGCCAACAAGGCCCGCGACGAGGAACGCCCCCGCGGCGACGUCAAGGAUCUCACGGCCUUUUUAAACGCAUCGCGAAUCACACCUGCAGAGUCGGCCGGCGCUGCUGUUGACCCGUCCUCUCCCACCGCGGCCAAAUACAGCCCUAACUCCGGGUCGGCGGCAAGGUUCACGCCCAUUGUGGUGCCCGGCGAGGUGGGUGCGGCAGCUACUGGGUCUCCGGCCGCCGCCGAUGGACAAGCGAUAGGCGUGCCCUCUAACGGCGAGGAAAUCCUUGUGGGCCCGCUGUUGAACUAUCGCCGCAUGGAGGACGACCGCUGGAUUGGCAGUGCUCUAAUCGUCACCCGCGGUGGUGGCAAGACGCAGCCCUUCGUGCCCACCGCCCUUAUCGGCCCUGUUCGCAAUGCGGCCGAGCAGGCGCCGGCACCGACAGAUGGUCCAUCUGCGAACGGGACUGGUUCCGUUGCAAAGGCGAGUGGUGGCAGCGCGCAGGAAAUCCAGGGCAUAUGUCUCUACUCCGAUCCCCGCAAUACGUUCUGGCGGUUUGACCUAUCGGUUCCAAUGGGUGAAACGGAGUCGCGCUGGCAGUACUCAUUCCCGGGGCUGCGGUACACGAGCGACACCAAGCCACGCAUCAACAUUUUCUCUGUGCCGGCUGUCACAGAAGCCAUGCGCAUCCUUUUCUUCUCUUGCAACGGCUUUAGUGUGGGCACAGACGAGGACGCCUGGAGUGGGCCUGCUCUGUGGAACGAUGUCAUUCGGUACCACGCCAAGACUCCCUUCCACGUCAUGAUCGGUGGUGGUGAUCAGAUCUACAACGACAGCAUCCGCGUCACCGGGCCCCUGCGCGAGUGGACCGCUAUCGGCAACCCAAAAAAGCGGCACGACUUUCCAUUCACCGAAAAACUCCGUGCCGAGUGCGACGAUUUUUACCUGAAUAACUACAUUAAGUGGUACUCGACGGAGCCUUUUGCAGCGACAAACGGCCAGAUUCCGCAGCUCAACAUUUGGGACGACCACGAUAUCAUUGACGGGUUUGGCUCAUAUGUCAACGAGUUCAUGAAGUGCGACGUGUUCCGUGGUAUUGGGGGUACGGCCCACAAAUACUACAUGCUGUUCCAGCACCAUCUACCACCACCGGCCUCAACAUACACGUCAGAUGCUCCUCAGGUCGCCGAGGCGCACCAGGCUGACCUUGUGCAGCUUGUCGACACAUAUGUAGCGCCUCCCAUAAUUGAGCCUAACUACAUCAUCGGUUCGAAACCAGGACCCUAUGUCGCCGAGUACUCCCACAACAUGUACUGCAAGCUGGGCGCCCGAAUGGCCUUUGUGGGACUCGACGCCCGUACAGAGCGAACUCGUCACCAAGUCAACUAUCCCGAGACGUAUGAGCAAAUCUUCUCCCGCUUAACGGCCGAAUUCCGUGUAGCUGCCGCUGCAGAUGAGCCGAUCAAGCACCUCAUUCUGCUCCUUGGCAUCCCCAUUGCGUAUCCUCGUUUGACUUGGCUGGAGAAUGUGUUCUCGAGUCCGCUUCUCGGCCCGGUCAAGUUUAUGAACCGGCGAUUCGGCUUUGGUGGCGGAUUCUUCAACUACUUUGAUGGCAACGUCGAUCUACUGGACGACCUCGACGACCACUACACGGCACGCACUCAUAAGAAGGAGCGUAAUUGGUUUAUUGAGCGUCUCCAGGUUCUCAGUGCCGAGCAUUCCGUGCGCAUCACGAUCUUGGGCGGUGAUGUGCAUCUGGCGGCUCUGGGUCGCUUCUAUGCCAAUCCUGACCUCAAUGUUGCAUCAGAGAACGACUACCGGUUUAUGAUCAACGUUGUAUCGUCGGCCAUCACCAACAAGCCGCCCCCGGCCGCUAUUGCGAAUUUACUCGCCCGCCGCAACAAGAUCCACCAUUUGAACAGCUCGACCGACGAGACGCUAUUCAAGCUGUUCAACAAGGAUCCCGGUACAUCGACGAAGACGGCCAGUCACAAUCAAGUGACGAUGCCAAGCCGGAACUUUGCCAUCAUCACCGAAAAUUCACCGAACAACACUGAGUCUGAAGAGCGACCCCGGCCCCAAACCAUAGCUUCGGAUGCUGCCGUGCAACCAAAGCCGCCACCGUCUCGAGGUUCUUCUCGUUUCGGCCGUCGGUCGGCCUCGAGGCGUAGAGAAAUGAGCUCCAAUGAGCCCCCCCGCGGCUCGAGCGCGGGUGCGAGUACUGCAGGGGGCGCCAAUGGCGAGCCGAAGGCCCAUGCAAAUGGGCGAAAUGGCCACCAUGCCCUGCACGCAGGCGAAGAGGGUGCCGGCACGGAACACAGGGCAGCAAGCGAUCUGCACGGCAAGGGCAACGACGGCAGUCUCGACGUCUGUAUUCGCGUCGAAAUAGACCAGCAUGACCCAGAGGGUAAGACGGAGCCGUACGGCCUCACCAUUCCGCCGCUGGACUACACAGGGCCGCCUCCCAUCCCGAGGGUGCCACACCACUUCCGAUCGAGCCGGCCCAACACUGGACACCGUUCGACUACGACUGCGUCGUCGGCAUAA